AUGGCUACAGCUCUGUACUGGAUUCUGGUGGCGAUGAUGGGCUUGUUGGCCUGCAGCGAAGGGCAGAGCGCGAACUCCCUUUUCGGCUACCACCGUCACGGUCCCCCCGGACUCACCAGCCUCCGCAACUUCGCCAAGCUCCGUCACGUUGCCCAUCACAAUCGCCGCCACAAGGGGAUCAUACCUUGAGGAUGCGCUCAUCCGCUUGUGGAUCCAGCGGAUUGCCUGUCGUGCACACCGCUUGCAAUGUCCUGUGGUAUAGAAUUGUGUCGAUGUAUGCACCUCGUGCUGCAAUAUACGUGAUUUUAUCGUGCUUUUUUAUGAGGAAAUCCUGAUUUUUUAUGUCAUUUUUUUCAAUUUUAUUCACGUCAUUACUUUAAUAAUUUACAUUUUAUUUACCAGUUUGUAUGCAAAUUUUUAUUUCCUAUUCAUUUGUGUUG